AUGCCUGCCCCCACGGCACUCCUCAAACAGCCAGAUGAAAUAACAGCAGCACAGGUGCCCGUAGCUGCAGUCCCCACAUCCAACCAAGACGAUGAAGUGUUGAUCGAUGCUCAGGCUUCGACAGAGGGGAAUGCUUCAGAUUUAGCACCCGUGCAAUCCGCUCAAGACGACGAGAUGCGCAUCGAUGAAGAGGGUCGCCCAGUCUUUACACCAGCUAAAGAUAUCAACGUUGUCUACCGAGUUGAGACGCGAAAAGUGCCAGUCCCGCCGCAUCGCAUGACCCCGCUUAAGGCAAAUUGGCCCAAGAUUUACCCUCCUCUCGUUGAGCAUCUGAAGUUACAAGUGCGAAUGAAUGUCAAAAACCGAGCUGUCGAACUACGUACAUCGAAAUUCACCACGGAUACCGGAGCUCUGCAGAAGGGCGAAGAUUUUGUCAAGGCUUUCACACUUGGCUUUGAUUGCGAUGAUGCCAUUGCACUCCUCCGGCUGGAUGAUUUGUAUAUAUCUAGUUUUGAGAUCAAAGACGUGAAGACGCUCAACGGCGAGCACCUUGGUCGCGCAAUCGGGCGAAUUGCAGGGAAGGACGGAAAAACCAAAUUCGCAAUCGAGAAUGCAAGUCGGACUAGAGUUGUUCUUGCGGACCAGAAAAUCCAUAUUCUCGGCGGUUUUAAGAAUAUCCACAUUGCCCGCGAGGCUAUCGUGAGUUUAAUCCUGGGUAGUCCUCCGGGCAAGGUUUAUGGUAACCUGCGCACGGUGGCAUCUCGUAUGAAAGAGCGAUUUUGA